AUGGUUUUCUCGCAAGUCCUUGCCGGUGUUCAUGCUGUCAUCGACCUUGUCGGCCUUCCUGGAAAUUUACUGGUCAUAGCAACGAUUUGUAUGGAGAGCAGAUUUCAUGCGAUGCGGUAUGUUCUACUUGCCAGCCUAGCAGGAUCAGAUAUUCUCUUUUUGAUCCUGGGCAACUCGCCGAGCAUCGCAAGUAUUGCCCAAGAACGUUGGUUGUAUGGCGAAACAAUGUGUAAACUACAUUACCUUGUUUUAAGAUAUUUCUACUUGAAUACGGUUCUUCAUCUCGUGGCUGUGUCAUACGAACGGUAUAACGCCAUUGUGAAAUCACCUCUGACGUAUGAUAGUUCCAUUACUAGAUCAAAAGUCGUGGUUAUAGUGCUGAUAUGGACUGUCCCUGUUCUUGUGUGUACCAUCAUUUUUUUCAAACAUGGAGGAACCUUACUUUAUUAUCCAAAGCUGUUCUUUUGCAAGGCAGCUACAGAUGCUCCCGCGUUUCAUGCUCCCGCUCCAUUAAUCGUGUUUGUUGUGCCUAUUUCAAUAAUCUUUUUCCUGAACUGGAGACUUUUAAAAACAGUAAACGCCAUCCAGUCUAACGAUCAACCAGUCGUAUUUUUGGAAAGCACAGCUGCAAGUUCUAACAAUGGUCCAAGCCAGCACCAACAAAAUGAGGCGAGAAGAAUCAAAGAUCGGAAGGCAGCUUUCGAUGUCUGCAUCAUAAUAGCAGCGUUUGUGAUCUGUUUUCUUCCUGAGUGGACCGAUUUCGUUCUUCGUAAUUACUUUACGGUAGAAUUUCCACCCGAAGUUACGCAAACCACGCGUUGUAUAUACUACAUUAGUUCUGUGACCAAUCCAAUCAUUUAUUCUGUUCGCAAGAGGGAAUUUCGCGGUGGAGUUAAAAGAACGCUUAAGCGAAUUGGUGGACUGUGUGCCGUUUUAUUUCCUUCUGGUACGGACAACGCAGUUGGUGCGCAUGGAUUACGGCAAACCCCCACAGGAAUCCCUUCAAUUGUUGAAUCAAGAGCUGCACAGGUUGCCCAACAAAAAGACUCUCUUGAUUCUCGGACUUUGAAUGUUCCUAAAAGAAUUGAAAUGAAUUUCCAGAGGUGCCAUCAUCCAACUGAAGAAAUCGCUGAAUGA